AGGAAAUACUCCUCGAACGCCGUCGUUUUUUGGAACAGGAAACGUCAAACAGACACACAGUUCUUCCCCUCGGCGUUGUUUCCUCCCCGGAGCGAUCCGGAGAAAAAGGAAGGAAAAGAAAAAAGCAGAAAUGGGAUCUUCCUCUCCACGAAAUUCUUCGAUUCCAGGGCCUGAAACAUUGAAGGGGAAGCAGAUUUGGAUGGAAUCGGCGACGCCGUCAAAAAUCUUUUGGCAUUUCGGCACGAGUGGACUCUCUGUUGCCAUUGCCACGGGCAUUACUCAUCCUUUAGAUGUGUUGAAAGUGAGACUGCAGAUGCAGCUUGUUGGCCAGAGAGGUCCUUUGACGGGAAUGGGAGGAUUAUUUGUUCAGGCCUUGAAAAAUGAAGGACCAAGGUCUUUGUACUUGGGAUUGACACCUGCAUUGACUAGGUCUGUGCUUUAUGGGGGACUCCGCUUAGGCCUAUAUGAACCCUCAAAGUAUGCCUGCGAUUGGGCAUUUGGCUCCACAAAUGUCUUGGUUAAGAUUGCAUCUGGUGCAUUUGCUGGUUCGGUAGCAACUGCACUGACCAAUCCUAUUGAAGUUCUGAAGGUACGCUUGCAAAUGAACCCAAAUGCGAGACAAGGAGGACCAAUGAUUGAGGUACGCAGAAUUGUGUCUGAAGAAGGAAUAGGGGCCCUUUGGAAGGGGGUUGGUCCUGCGAUGGCUAGAGCAGCUGCUUUGACUGCAUCACAGCUGGCAACAUAUGAUGAAUCCAAGCGGAUUUUGAUUAGAUGGACACCUCUUGAAGAAGGAUUUCAGCUACAUCUGAUUUCAAGUGCGAUUGCAGGAAUAAUGAGCACCCUUAUUACUGCACCCAUGGACAUGAUUAAAACCCGCCUCAUGCUGCAACGCGAAUCCAAACAGGUUGGAAGCUAUAGAAAUGGAUUUCAUUGUGGAUAUCAGGUUAUGCUCACAGAAGGCCCGAGGGCACUUUACAAAGGGGGCUUUGCAACUUUUGCAAGGUUGGGUCCACAGACGACAAUCACCUUUAUACUCUGCGAGAAGCUAAGGAAGCUUGUUGGGCUGGAUGCAAUAUAAUCACCAGGUUGCCAUUUUGCAUUCAAUUUUUUUGAAGUGAAUGCAAUUUACCCUCUGGAUUUACUGGUUAUAUAUGGAUUGUUUCCCUCUUCACCAGCAAGUCCUUGAUGAUAGUAUUUAUGUCCAGCUAAAUAGUAGUAUCCAAUUCUUAGUGCAAUUUAAAUGCCAUUAUUGGAGGACAACCAAAAAUAUGGUUGGGUUCCAGACUUACUGUUGGAGGGAGAUAGAUCUAGACUUCUUUAUUGGUCAUUAAAAAUGUCCAUUUAUAUGAUUGAGUUGUUUUUGUUAUUAUUAUUAUUUUUUUUCUACUUCUCUUGGGGUUGAAUGGAGCCUGUGUCAAGGAACAGAGUUUUGGGUUGCUGACAUAUUUGGCAUAAUCAUAUAUUGUAUUGAGAAUUUGUAUCAACCAGAAAAUGAUGA